GCUGGAUAUUCAAAGGUUUGUUUAGACAAGUGUGUGCUGUACCUCUGCUUAAUUGAUAAUUUUGUUUAUUUUCAGAAUAUUUUGGUUAUUCUUUCAAAAUUCACAACCACUUUAGAUAAAAAUGGCAGCCUAUGGCAAUCCAUUUGUUGUGGCCCCUCCACCUGAAGAUGAUGGUUGUCUGUCCCAGCUUCCUUCUCAGAUACCCUCUCAGAUAUAUCCAACUUCGGCUUCUACUUCAAGAUGGACAACUGGUAUGUGGGACUUUGAGAGCCAUGAGAGCCACGACCAUCCAAAUGUUAGUGAAUUACGUACAGUCCCCGACAGUACACAUUACAAAGGCCCAGAAUUCUUCAAAGAAGAUUCUCAACCAAGGCAAGACGUUUAUUAUCCAGGAAAACAUUGGUUAAAUAACCAAACAUUUUAUGAUUUUAGAGGUGGUGGUGAGGGAAAUCAUGGCCCUCUUAGAUCUGUAUCUGAAAUCCCUCCUCAGUUCCAGUCCAUCUUUUCGCAAUUUCCUUAUUUCAACAUCGUUCAGUCUACUGUGUUUGAUGAUGUAUUUUGUUCAGAUUGUUCCGUUGUCGUCUCAGCACCUACAGGCUCUGGAAAAACUGUAGUUAUGGAGUUAGCAAUACUUAGAUUACUGACAAUUGCACAGGAGGAGAAUUUGAGAAGUGGUGAUGGUGGCAGAAUGCAUCCAAAGAUUGUUUACAUGGCACCAAUGAAAGCACUCGUUUCUGAGCGUUAUAUGGAUUGGAGACAAAGAAUGAGUCCUUUGGGUAUAACCUGUGCAGAAGUGACAGGAGACACAGAACAAGAUGAUAUAGCUGUAAUCAAAGACUCCCAGAUUGUGUUGACAACACCAGAGAAGUGGGACUCGCUCACCAGACGUUGGAAAGACCAUGCUACUCUCAUGGAAGAGAUUUCCUUGUUGCUUAUUGAUGAGGUACAUGUAUUAAAUUGUGAAGAUAGAGGUCCCACCCUAGAAGCUGUUGUCUCUAGAAUGAAGACUAUUCGAACAACUAGACCUUCGGACAAUUAUGGCAACGUUAGAUUUGUAGCAGUAUCAGCAACCAUUCCCAAUGUAUCAGAUGUUGCAGCUUGGCUUUCAGACAGUAAAGGAACUGCAGUAGGUCACAAGUUAGUACAUACAAUGGUUUAUGUAUUUUACAUAAAUUAUUGCUGUAUACGUACUUUACGUGCUAUGAAUCUUGUAAGGCUUUGCAAGGGAAAAGAUGCUUGUACAUACACAGAAUUAACGUCUCUCCUUGUGUCAACUGCAGCUUCUUCUCCCUGUAUUGAAUCCAAGGAUUCUUCCUCUGAAAGGGAAAAUGUAAAAGCCUCUAUCAAGAAGCUGCAAGCUCAGCUACGAGCUUUGGAUCAAGAACUUGAUCAAGUCCGAAAACGUAACCGGGCUAGCAGCGGCAAAAGCAAUGUGCAACGGAUGAGGAGUAGAUGGCAACGCCAUGUUGACUAUUUUGAAUGGUCGCGUCUUGCGGGUCGUGGUAGGUCUUCCAGGUCAUAG